AUGGCGCCCGCAGGCGCGGCGGUCGGGCCGGCCUUUGAGCCAGGCCGAGUGGCCCUUUAUGAGGGGAAAACCACUCCUGCUGUCAUCCUCAUUGCGAUCGUGGCGGCCAGCGGCGGCCUACUCUUUGGCUUCGACAACGGGGUGACAGGUGGUGUCAUCGCGCACCCUGACUUUGGCCCAAAGUUCUUCCCUGGCAUGGAAGGGACCGGCGCUGACUCUGACCCCUUCUGCAAGUUCAAUGACCACCUCCUGCAGCUGUUCACAUCGUCCCUCUUCCUGGCCGCCGCCGUCGCCGCCAUGAUCGGCUCCUGGACCUGCAACCGCUUCGGCCGCAAGAUGACGAUGCUCGCCGGCGGCACCUGCUUUCUCAUCGGCACCGCGCUCGUCACGGGCGCCGUGGCGACGGGCAUGCUGGUCGUCGGGCGCAUCGUGCUGGGGUUUGGCGUCGGCUUCGCCUGCCAGGCCACCCCCCUGUAUUUGUCAGAGAUGGCCCCCUACCAGGCACGCGGCGCCCUCAACCUCUGCUUCCAGCUGGCCGUGACCAUUGGCAUCCUGGGGGCGCAGUGCAUCAACUACGGCACCCAGUACCUGCGCCCCUACGGCUGGCGCGUGUCCCUCGCCUGCGGCGCGGUGCCGGCGCUGCUGCUGUCGAUCGGCGCGAUCGCGCUGCCCGACACGCCCAACAGCCUGGUGCUGCGCGGGCACAAGGAGGCGGGGCGGCGCGUGCUGCAGCGGAUCCGUGGGACGCAGCACGUCGACGUCGAGUUUGAGGACAUCUGCGAGGCAGUCCAAACCGCCAGCUUGGUGAAGAACCCCUACCGCACCAUCGUGAGGCGCCGCUACUGGCCCCAGCUGGUCAUCACGGUGCUGAUCCCUGCCUUCCAGCAGCUCACGGGCAUCAACGCCAUCAUGUUUUAUGCGCCCCAGCUGUUCCAGGCGACCGGCGCAUCCUCCAACGCCUCCCUGCUGGCGUCGGUGGUGACGGGCGCGGUCAACGUGGUGUCUACGCUGGUGGCCAUCGUGGUGGUGGACAGGGCGGGGCGCCGCUUCUUGUUCCUGCAGGGCGGUGCUCAGAUGCUUGCGUGUGAGGUUGCCGUGGGCAUCUUGAUCCACUACAACUUCAUGUCGCCAGGCAACACUGCAAUGAGCUCGGCUAUUGUGGCACUCAUCUGCAUCUACGUGGCCGGCUUCGCCUGGUCCUGGGGGCCCCUGGGCUGGCUGGUGCCCUCAGAGAUCCAGCCCCUGGAGACACGCGCCGCAGGCAUGGGCAUCGCGACCCUCACCAACUUCCUGUUCACUUUCCUCAUCGGCCAGGUCUUCCUGACGGGGCUGUGUGACCUCAAGUACGGAAUCUUCUUCCUCUUUGCGGGCUUUGUGCUCCUGAUGUCGCUGUUUGUGUUCUUCUGUGUCCCUGAGACCAAGGGUGUGCCCAUUGAGGAGCUGAAUGAGGUCAUCAUGCAGAAGCACUGGCUUUGGAGCCACGUGGUGAAGGGCGCGCCGCGCCCCGAGAACGGGUCAGCGGCGACAGUUGCCCCAACCAAGGCUGCUCGGCCGCCAAAGGACACGGCCGCCGUAUAG